AUGAAACGACUGUUUCCUGCCCAAGGGCGGCAAGGCGCACCAGUGACACGGACACCGGGACACCCGGCCGGUCCCCGGGCGCUCCUGCCCCGCGGCUCGCACGGGCAGGAUCCCUGGGCUGCGUGCAGCAGGGAACGAAGCGGCAAAACAGAGUCACGCCAAACCGGGGGACGCCGCGGGCGGCCUCCCGAGGCGGGAGCAGCUCCUCCAGCUCCCGAGGGCCGCUCUAAACCAGCGAGCGGCGCGCGGAGACCGACACACGGCCGGCCGGGUCCCCCGCGCGCGAGAAAGGCCCCGGCAGCGCCCGGAGGUGCCGCAGGGCUCGGUGCCGGUGCCGGCGGCCCCGCCCGGUGCCCGCGNGCACGCCUCCUGUCGUGUCCCCCUGUGCGCGGACACGGGGAGCCGGCUGCGCCCCGUCCCCUCCCCGUGAGGCCUGGCUGGCUCCUCGCGGCCGUGUGGGUAAACAGGGCCCCCGAGCGAGCCGGCGGCGCCGCAGCCCGGGCCGGCCCAGCCCCGCGCUGUCCCGGGGCCGAAGGGUCCCGCCGGGCGGGGCUGCGGGGUCCCCGGCGGAGGACGGUGCGAUGUGGGACCCCGCGGGCUGGGAGGAAGAAUCGGAAACUGAAAGUCCAGUUGGCUGUCGGGGAGGCGUCCCCGCUGGCUGCGGUGUGGCCCGGCCGGGUGAUCAGGCGCAGCAUUGCAGAAAUACAGAAAGAUGUGGAAUAUCGACUGCCAUUCACUGUAAACAACUUGACAAUUAAUAUUAACAUUUUGCUUCCACCUCAAUUUCCUCAGGAAAAACCAGUCAUCAGUGUUUUCCCACCUGUGAGACAUCAUUUAGUGGACAAGCAGGGAGUAUAUGUGACCGGUCCAUUGAUAAGUAAUUUUACAAUGCAUUCAGAUCUUGGAAAAAUUAUUCAGAGUUUACUGGAUGAGUUUUGGAAGAAUCCUCCGGUUCUAGCUCCUAGCUCAACAUCAUUUCCAUACCUUUUCAACAAACCAGCUGGAAUGCCUCCUUUUGCUCCUCAGGGGUUUCCAUUUCUCCCUCCAUAUCCACCUCAAGAAACAAACAGAACAAUGGCACCCAUGCCCAUUUCUGAAUCAGUUUCUUCAAGCUACACUACAGACAAGCCUGCUGCUCCCUCCUAUGGCUUGAUUGCUGAUCUGCCGCUGCCUGUUCCGACAGCAGAAGCGGUGCUGCAGGUUGGCCAGAACGGAUUAACAUACAAAAUGCCUGAUGUUCCUGAUACCUUUCCAGAACUCUCAGAACUAAGUAUAUCACAGCUGACCAGUAUGAAUGAGCAAGAGGAGGUGUUACUGGAACAGUUUGUAACUCUUCCACAGCUGAAGCAAGUCAUUACUGAUAGAGAUGAGUUAGUGAAAAGCAUUGAAGAACUGGCAAAAAAAAACCUGUUGCUGGAGCCUAGCCUUGAAGCAAAAAGACAGACAGUGUUGGAUAAAUAUGAGCAACUCACACAAAUGAAAGCAGCCUUUGAAAAAAAGAUGCAAAGACAGCAUGAACUUAGUGAGAGUUGCAGUCCAAGUGCUCUGCAGGCCAGACUUAAAGUAGCUGCUCAUGAAGCUGAAGAGGAGUCUGAUACUAUUGCAGAAGACUUCUUGGAAGGCAAAACAGAGAUAGAUGACUUUCUUAGUAGUUUCAUGGAAAAGAGAACGCUCUGCCACUGCAGACGAGCCAAAGAGGAAAAACUUCAACAGGCAAUAGCAAUGCACAGCCAAUUUCAUGCUCCGCUAUAGACUUCCUGCAAACUGCACCUGCCAAGAGAACGAAUGAAAAUCCCAAUAAAGCACACUUUUUAAUAACUAUUAUUUGCAAAUAAGCAUUUCAUCUUAUCUGGUUGUAUUUAUAGAAGAGAUUGUAUACAGAGUUGGGAUGGUUUUUGUACAAAUUAGAAUGUCUCUUUAUAUUCUCAUUGUACUCAAGAAUCCUUCUAUUGCAAUCUUUGCAUUAAUUUCUUGUAUUUAUUGUUGAUAGUUAUAAUAUUUAAGUUCCCUGCUGCUAUACUCCAUUUGUUCAGAGAUUAAAUAUCUAAACAUGUAAUUUUGACUAGCUUUUUACAUUUUUAUAAAAACAUAAUUCAUAUCUUUUGUAUUUUGAAUUUUAACCAUAGAUUUGGCUUAAUCUGUGGAAGACUUUAAGUGUUGACAGGACUUUGGAAACUAAACAAAUUCUUAAUGGAGAUUGCCAGUGGAUUCACAAGCUGUCUUUUCUUGAAGCCAAAAUAUUAAAGAACAAGUUUUUUUACUUCUGAGUAAUAAUAGAAAACUAAGUAUAGCUUGUAUUGUGUUUUGGAUAAGUAGAUUGGGGAUUAAGCAAAGGAUGUGUUGGAGAAAAUUAUAUUGGAAUCAGAAUAAAUGAUAUCUGCAUAGAUUUGGUAUGUUGCUUAGUAGCACUGAUGCACUGAUUUCAAGAGUGGUUUGGUACCUACCACUAAUUAAACACAAUUUUCAUCUAACAAGUUCAUUUUCUUUUUUUUCGUUCAUAAAGGAAUAAUAAGCA